UUCCGCUCCAAAGGUUCGGCCCCCAAAACCCCCGCGCCUCAUGGCGGAUUCAGAUGUUCGCCUUCGAGGAGUUAGAUCGGCAGGAGGCCGAGGCAGAGGCGCAGGCGGCGGCCGCAAACCACGCCCCAGAGGCCGAGGCAGCCAGCAAGACCAAUGCCGAGGGCGACACACCGCGAGCGCUGGCUGGGCUCAUAGACUUUGCGGAGCUCGAGCUCGCCGAGGGCGGCCAGGACCUGGUCCGAGAGCGCUGCCAGCAAGAGCGCGCCAAAGAGUGCCUCAAGGAGCCGGGGCGAGGCCGAGGUCAGUUCUACGGCUUGGCGCUGCCCAAAGGCCCCGCGGAGCUCUCCGCGCUGGGCGCGGACUGGCUGAACCGCGCCUUCUGCCGCGCCAAGACAUGGCCCAACGAGCGGGCGGGACGGAGGAAGCGUCGAAGCUGGUUUCUUUGCGGCCACUUUCAGCAGGAAAGUACCUCAUGGAGCUGUCCGUUUCCCACCGCCGCAUGCUGCUGCUGGAAGUUACCUUUUUUCAGGAGGGAAGAAACGAAGAGUCCCUUGCAGACCUCUUGCGGCCCAAAGCUGGCGCGAGUUUUGCAGAUGGCAUCAACUUCCUGCGGCUCUUGGAGUCUGAGGUGUCCCGAAGUCCCAAGUUCCUCUUCGGGGACUCGGAGGGCUCCUCAGGUCUGCUCAUCACCGAGUGGUCCGGCGCAACCUGGGCUGAUGUCUCUUUCUGCCGGUGGCCCCGCUGGUCGCGGCAGAGCUGCUUCGUGUGCCCUGCGCAGCGGGAGAAUCUCUGCCUCACAGGCGGCAGCGUGUCUGGUUCUGUGAGCGUCGUGGGACUCAGCACCAAGACCCAGGGGGCCCACAUGCUUUGGACGCUGGAGUGGACGGAGGAAGGGCUGUGGCAGCUGCUCAGCGGCCAGCACCCGCUGGCGGCGCUGGGCGCCCAGCCGCAAGCGCUGGCCUUCGGCUCCCGCGCCAAGCGCCAGGAGCUGUGGACCCUGCGCCCAGGACCCGGGGGCGAGUACUUCAUACAAAGCUUCUACGAGACAUAUCUCGCCCAUUCCGGCAAUGCAGUCUUCCUGAGCCCCUCCAGUCGCAACGCGCUGUGGCGUUUGGAGUCCUACGCGGAGUACUCGGAAGCGAGCCACCGGCGCUUGGAUCUGAGGGGCCCAGAUGGGGAUGGCCUGGAUCUGGCCACUAUGCAGAAGCUUGUGGACGAGUUCGCAGCGUUGGCAGGCCGAUGCGCGCAGCAGAAGGUGCCCCUCGAUGGUUUGGACGAGAAAGAGGUCCGGCAGAAGUGGCAACGAAGGCACCAGCAGCUCCAGUGCUGCGACUCCCCCCGCGCCAAGCUGGGCUUUCAGGACGCGGAGUUCUUGGACAAAGCCUCCACGGCGCAGGAGUUCAUCACUCGCCUUGCCGCACAGCUCUUUCCCACAGGCGUCAACAAGCAGAUGAUGAAGGACUACCGUGCGGCCUUGGUUACUGCCAGGGUGAACUUCUUUGCCAUCAACACCUACCUUUCCGUUCAGCUGGACUAUUCUGCCUGUGGCUUGGAUUCGGUGGACUUCGAGACCUUGUACUUGGAUGACAACGAGCUGGGCAUUCAGAGCUGGAAGGCCAUGUCAGAUGGCCCACUUGGGCUGAAGCUCUGGCGCUGGCUGAUUCUGGCGCAACCCAAGGCUCUUGAGCACACCGACAGCUUGCUGGAGCGCUUCAUUUCCGGCUUUGCGGCUGCGGGCGGCAAGUUGUUGGAGAAGGAGAAGCUGCUGUGGCACGUGCUUUUGGCCGCCUCCUUGCACUCUGUGGAGCUCCUGGCAGCGGUUCCCCUACUGCUGGAUAGGAUCUCCAAGGAGGAGUGGCCCUCUGUGAAGAGCUGGACUGAUCCAAGGCUCUUUGGUGGCGAGCCAACUGGGGGUCUGUGGCUGAUCCUGAAAGCCUUUGUGAGCGUCGCAGUGGUGACGCGGCAGUACGACUUGGUGAACCGGAUGGUUGUCCAGAUUCCGGACGUCCUGGGCGCUCAUCAAAUGGCCCACCUCUACACCGCGGAGGAGGCAGAUGCCAAGAAGUGGACAGGAGCGUACUUCAGCCACACGGAGGUGCGGGCAGAGGCAUCCGCGGACUCUGAGCUCUUGGCCAUACUGCCGGCAGACUGCCCCGGCUGCGUCAAGGAGGAGGACCCAGAAGGCUUUGCUGAGAUUUGCUUCCCCUUCCAGGGCUACAUCCCUUGGAGCGCAGUUCGACUCUGUGAUCCGAAGGAGAUGCCCACCAAAGCGGAGGACUACUCCCCAGCGUUUGAGCUGGUCAGUCUCAUGUACCACACCAGGCGCCAGUACACGGGCAGCAGCGGACCUCUCUUCAUGGACGAGAUCUCUGCCAAGAAGCUCUGCGAUGAAAUCUUUCUGCGGGAGAAGGCCAGCGGCCUGUUGAGGAGACUGGGCCACGGCCACUGCAG